GUGCGGGACUGCAUUCAGAAAACGCUGACUGAAUGGAGCUCAAAGAUUGGACAAGGUGUAAAUCAGGAAAUAGUGGACGUUCUGGAAUGUACUGUAGCUCAAGCAAUAGAAAAAAUAAAUCUUGAAGAAAGGGAUGAAUUGAAAGUAUCAGCAAAACUUUUCAUCGUUGGAUCAAACUCUUCGUCGAUCAGAGAUGCAGUUGACAUGGCGUGUUGUGCCCUCGGAGUUGCACAGUUAGACUCGGUCAUUAUUGCCCCACCUCCUGUUGAAGAUGGAACUAGCCUCUCCUUGGAGUAUUUGCAGCCUUAUUGGCAAGAACUUGAAAAUCUCGUUCAAAACAAAAAGAUUGUUGCCAUAGGUACCUCUGACCUCGAUAAAACACUGUUGGAGCAGCUGUAUCUAUGGGCACAGGUGAAACCAAGUAGUAAUCAGGUGAACCUGGCUUCCUGUUGUGUGAUGCCACCUGAUCUCACAGCAUUUGCCAAACAGUUCGACAUACAGCUGUUAACUCACAAUGACCCAAAAGAACUACUUUGUGAAGCAAGUUUCCAAGAAGUUCUCCGGGAAAGCAUCCAGAACACGAAAGCACACGAGUGGAUUCCUCUGUGGCUUCUCCGGUAUUCAGUCAUUGUUAAAAGCAGAGGAAUUAUCAAGUCUAAAGGCUAUAUCAUGCAAGCUAAGAGAAAUGCCUCCUAAAACGCUUUCUUUUUCUCUUUUUUUUUAAUGGCUUACUGUUAUAAUUUCUUGGGGAUGGAGGGGAACAUUGCUUUUUUCAUAGAAACAUUUUUGCAGCAUUUGUAACAAAGACUAAAAGUUGUAAUUACUCAUUGUGGUGUCAGCAGGAUCAUCUGCAGUGUUCUAACACUAUUUUU